UUGACCCCUCUUUAUGUUCUAGAGAAUCUGUGGGCUGUUUUUUUUGUUGUUUGGUUGUUUGUUUGUCUUUUAACAAAACCUAGAUGUGAGCCUAAGCUUCUAUCUGAAAUUCUGUAAUGAUUGAUUACUCAACCCCCACCCCACUCUCAUGUGGCCUCACUUGGUUUUCAGACUCAAUGUUGACACCAUGUUUAAUAUUAUUUUUUUUGUCAUUUAUCCUUUAAAACUUUUAUUAAAAACAGGGUCUCACUUUGUAUCCCCCACUAGCAAGGAGCUCACUAAAUAGAUCAGGUUGACCUCCAGCUCAGAGAAAUCUGCUCCUGAAUGCUGGGAUUUGAGAUGGAUGUUACCACCUCACCUACACCUAGCCUCUUUUCCUUUUUUAUUUUGUUAGCUAGAUAGUCACAUCCUCAUAGAUAGUGACAUUGUGUGUGAGGACACAUGCCUGUGAGGACACACAUGCCACACAUGUGGAUGUCAAAGGACAUCUUUUGGGAAUUAGUUUCGGCCUUCCGAGUUCUUGUGAGUUCUGGAGAACACACUCAAGCCCUUGGUUUUUGAGGCAAGUUCUUUUACUGCUGAGCUAUCUUUCACUCAGUCUGCAAUGACCUUGUGAUUCUCUGAAUUCACAAAACAGCGUUUUGGCUGUUUAAGGUUUCACGUGACUCAGGGUGGUCUCUCACUAGCCAAAGGCAACCUUGAGCCUCCUGAUCCUCCUGUCUCCCUUCCCUAGGGCUGGGAUCCUAGGCACGCCCCACCGCAUCUGGUUUGGUUUGGCUUUUGAGAGCUUUUUGUGUGCAGCCCAAGCUUGACUUGAACUCCAGAUCUCUUGCCUCAGGUGUGCUAAUUAGCAUGUGCCCCCAAGCCCUCUGUAACGGUCUUUGCAUGUGGUGCACCUCAGCCUCCAGUGACCUUCCUGGCUUUUGCUUCUCCUGGUUCCUUCCACAGGUUAAGUGUCUUCCUACCCAGAAAGCCUUCUCUGACGAGAACUGAAGCGGACUGUGCUAUACUGAGAUGUGAUUGUUUCCUUCUGGCAUGGUUUGCAACUGGACUCUGACCCAGACCAGGAAGGCAGCCUGCAUCAUGUUGUUACUAACUGUUCUUCAUUUACCCAUUGAUGCCUCCCCGAAAGAGACGCAGACAGUGCCAGAAAGCCCAGCUGCUAUUCCACCAACAGCCACUGGAGGGCCCCAAACCCCAUUAUGAAUCUCACCAGCAGCCCAUUACCCACACUGUACAGGUGCCCAGCAAACCCAUUGAUCAGAGCACCAUCACUUCCUGGGUGUUACCUCAGUUUGAUACAGCAGCAGAAAGCCGGUUUCCAACACACCGGAAACAUCACCGAGACCAAGCAAGACACCCAACUCGGAGAUCUACCUGCAAGUUUCCACGUCUAACCUUUGAGAGUCCAGAGUCUUCGAGUUCAGAGACAUUGUUGCUAUCCAACAGAGAGCAGCUCCAGAACUCAGAAAAGGAUGCUCCCAGAAGGCCUUUAGUGCCAUUGUUCAGUCCCCAGAGCUGUGGGGAGCUGUCAGUGCACGUACCUCAAAGCUUACCUCAUGUGUUCAUGCCCCCCGAUAUCCAGACCCCAGGGUCUUCGGUAAGAGAAGAUCCCAUUUCCCCAGACCAGAAGGAAAACAGUCUUCCUAGCUGCAUCCUUGGUCCUAGGACCCCCAGGACCCCGGAGCCGGGGCCUGUUCUGGUCAAGGACACCCCUGAGGAGAAGUAUGGGAUUAAGGUCACGUGGAGACGCAGAAGGCACCUGUUUGCCUACCUUAAGGAGAGAGGGAAGCUGGAUAAAAGCCAGUUCCUUGUGAAGACCUGACUGGACUACACAGACUUCGGUUCACCCCAGAGCUGCUGCGGGGAGGUUUCCCAAGUCACUUCUGGUUUGAGAGGAUGCAAUGGAAUGAACAUUACUAGGAAGACGACUUAGCCAGAGGCCUAGAGUUGGAAUUCGGUUUCUAGAUUUCCUUUUUAAGCCACCUUGCCUCAGAAACAGUUGAAUUUAGUAUCAUGAACUGUUGGUAUUUUUCUCAUAUUAACUUCUAAACCUCUGAAGUAUCUUGUACUGUUUACAGUGCUUGUAAAUAAAUGGCUGUCCUGAGUUUUUAGAGAACCCCACCUUUGUCAGCAAUGUGGCAGCACGCCCAUCUAUAAAAGGUCUAUCUAUGCUCA